CAUCCGGUUCGGCCGGUUUUGGCCCUCCGGUUCGGUUUCUGCCCGCCCCUAAUCAAUACUAUUUAUUUACAUAAUACAUUUCUCAUUUACAAAAAAAUAUAUAUAUAUAUAUAUAUUCAAUGAACAGGUACUGAUUGGUGACCCUGACACAACGGGUGGAAGCAAAAGUCCAGUGGCAGUGAAUAAUUUCCUGCCCUGGUGACCUGAUGACCCAACGGGUGAACUUGUUCCUAUGAGCUCCCCCAAAAGAGGAAUCAUACGACGGCAUACGACGGAUGGCCAGUCUUUCUUUCACGAGACAAACAAUUUUAUAGGGUAAAAAUUUGUGUUUGGACUAUUCUCAACCUAUCACUCUACACUUGAUGCUCCCCUCUUCUCUUAAAAAAGCCUCCAAUGGCUGUUGACUGUUGGGUUUCAGCCUCUCUUCUCCGCCAACAUGACAUCAUCAACCGCCAUUAGUUUUCUCCAACCCAAACUCCAAUUCUUCCCCUGUCGUUUUUGCAGCCUCAAAUCGUUAAAACCCUUCUCCUCUCUCAAAUUUCCCAUAUCGAAAUUGGCCUUCUCCGGUGGAUUAGACCCCAAGAAAGCUCCUCCACUUAGAAACAGGUUCAUGGGUUCCAACAAUAGCAUGCUUGAGCUCAUAAAUUUGCUCCCUUUUCGGAACAACGCUAAUGGCCACGAAACUGUUAGGGUGCUCCAUUCGUCUGAGGAUUCGGGCCCUGGAAUUGCGGAUAAUGGGCUCGAGUCCACUGUCAAUCGAUUGAGUAAGUGGCUUGUGUCUGGCCUUUUUGCUGUGGUGAUACUAUGUAGGCAUGAUGCAGAAGCUUUGUGGGCUGCAAUGGGGUCUGUGGUGAAUUCCACACUCUCUAUUGUACUAAAAAAGAUACUAAAUCAAGAGAGGCCUAUUCCUUCUUUGAGAUCUGAGCCUGGAAUGCCGUCUUCGCAUUCCCAAUCCAUCUCCUACAUUUUUAUGUUUGCAAUUUUUUCAUUUGUGGAAUGGCUGGGGAUAAAUGAGAUUACCAUAAUUAUUGGUGCUCUUGCCUUGGCAUUUGGUGCAUAUCUUUCGUGGUUACGAGUUUCGCAGCGACUUCAUACGAUGAGCCAAGUGGUUGUGGGUGCUGCAAUUGGAACCAUCUUCUCCAUUUUGUGGUACUGGUCAUGGAAUGCUGUUGUGCAUGAAGCAUUUACUUCCUUUUUGUGGGUUCGAAUAGUUGUUGUUUUGGGGGCAGCUGGAUUUUGUGCAGGAUUCCUUUUGUAUGUGAUUCGUUAUUGGAUUAGGGAUGACCGAUGAACUAUGUAAUGCUUCUCAAUUGAUUCAAUGCAUAUGAGAUUGGGCUUCAA